CAGUAGCAGCAGGGGUUGGGGCUGGUAUUACGCUUGCACUCAGUGGUGUGACUCGAAGGGAGACACGAGGAAAUCAGCCCCAAGCGGGAGAAAAGCAGGGAAGUUAUUUGGGAUAAAUCCAUCCACACAUCUGUCAACAUUGGAGAAGGAGAAACGCACUUAAACAGGAGCUCCUUGGUUUCAGGAUGGAAGCAAAUGGUUCAGCAGAGAGACAUGGCUUGGAGGGGGAUGCAGAUCUUCAGUUCCUGUUGGUCGGCGGGGAGCUGGUUAAAAUUCGUUCAAACUCCUGGAAGAAGAGCCGCAUUUACCGACUGGAGGAAGACUGCCGGACCCUGUGGCACGAGUCUAAGAAAAUAUUCAGAAAAACACAGACACUCUCCAUUGAUGACAUAGACUCCGUGCGCAAAGGCCGCCAGUCUGAGGGGCUUAAAAAAUACACCGACCCCAGCGUUGAAGAGCAGUGCUUCUCCAUCAUCUUCAAAGGCCGCAAGAAGAAUCUUGACCUGAUGGCACCGUCUGUGGAAGAGGCAACUAAAUGGUUCACCAGUCUUCAGAAGAUGAUCAACAACAUGCGCAACCUCUGCCAGCAGCAGAAGAGUGAACAUUGGCUCAUCAACUGCAUGAGGAAAGCAGACAAGAACAAUGACAACAUGAUGACCCUGAAGGAGCUGAAGCGCUUUCUGCAACAGAUCAACAUUGAGGUCGAUGACACCUAUGCAGAAGAAAUUUUUAAGAAAUGUGAUACAUCAAAUUCAGGUUCCCUGGAAGGCUCGGAGAUCAAGCACUUCUAUGACCUGCUGACGCAACGCGAGGAAAUUGACGUGAUCUAUGACAAAUACGCUCAAACAGAUGGUGAGAUGAGCGGCAGAGACUUGCUGAACUUCCUCCUGAACGAGCAAAGGGAGGAGGUGACGCUGGUGGAGGCUCACAAGCUGAUCGAGAAAUAUGAGGUGGAUGGAACAGCAAAGCAGAAGAAGCACAUGACCAAAGACGGCUUCCUGAUGUACCUACAACACGAAGACGGAUCCAUUCUCAACCCGGCUCACAAAAACGUGUACCAGGACAUGAGCCAGCCACUCAACCAUUACUUUAUCUCAUCCUCUCACAACACAUACCUGAUGGAGGACCAGCUCAAAGGGCCCAGCAGCACAGAGGCUUAUAUAAAAGCGCUGAUGAAGAGUUGCCGCUGCGUGGAGCUCGACUGUUGGGACGGAGCCAAUGGAGAGCCAGUUAUUUAUCAUGGCUACACGCUCACAUCCAAAAUCCUCUUCAAAGAUGUCAUCAAAAUCAUCAAAGAUUACGCCUUCAAAACAUCUGACUACCCAGUGAUCCUCUCCUUGGAGAAUCACUGCUCGGUGGACCAACAGAAGCUCAUGGCCCAUCACCUGAUCUCCAUCCUGGGAGAUGCUUUGGUCACAAAGCCGAUUGGUGACACCGUGCCCACCAACUUCCCCUCACCUAAGGAGCUGAAGGGCAAGUUCCUCAUCAAGGGAAAACGAAUGAACAAACUGGAUGCAAUCUUCACCAAUAACAACACCAUAGAGGAAGACACAGUGUCUGAGGAGGACGAGGCUGCAGACUGCAAGGAGAACGAUCAAAAAGCAAAACCAAAGAAAUCAAAGAUCAAACUUGCCAAAGCGCUCUCAGACAUUGUCAUCUACUGUAAGAGUGUCCACUUUAAUGGCUUUGAACAUGCCAGAGACAACCUGAACUUCUAUGAAAUGUCAUCCUACAAAGAGAGUAAAGCACUCAACCUUGCUGAGACUUCAGCCACGUCCUUCAUCCAUCACAACAUGGACAAACUCAGCAGGAUCUACCCCGCAGGCUCCAGAACAGACUCCUCCAACUACAACCCCGUACCCAUGUGGAAUGUGGGCUGCCAGAUUGUGGCGCUGAACUUCCAAACGGCCUCCAAGGAGAUGCAGCUAAACCAGGGACGAUUUCUGUCAAAUGGCUUUUGUGGGUACGUCCUGAAGCCGGAAUUCCAGAGAAGCCUGUCCUCUCAGUUUAACCCCAACACACUCACCAGUGGACCCUGGCUCAAGCGCAAGACCUUCCACGUCAUGGUGAUCUCGGCUCAGCAGUUACCUAAACUCAACAAGGACAAACACAAGUCCAUCGUUGACCCACUGGUCAGAGUGGAGAUCUACGGGGUCCCAGCAGACAUCGCCAGCAAUGAGACGCACUACAUCGAGAACAACGGCUUCAACCCGAUGUGGAACGAACGCUUCCAGUUCACCAUCAACGUCCCAGAGCUGGCAAUGUUGCACUUUACAGUGGAGGACCAUGACAAAGCAUCCCAGAAUGAUCUCAUUGGGCAGUACUGUCUGCCGGUCACCAGCGUUCAGAACGGAUAUCGCCAUGUCCCACUGCUCACCAAGAGAAAUGACGUCAUCUCCUCUGCUGGACUCUUUGUGCAUCUCAUGCUCGUGGACGAUCAGUAGGCUCAUGUCCUUUAAUGUCUGUAGCAUCUUUUUUUUUUUUUUUUUACAAACUCUAACUGAUUUUGUCCAGUUUUUAAAGCUCAGUAGCGUGACCUUAAUCAAGUGUUGCAAGUGCAUCUUCAUUUAGGAGAUAAUUAAUAAUAGACAUGAGCCAAGCAUCACCUGCCGACUCGCAGUGGCCUUUGACUCCUCAGGUCAUUGUUUAAUUUUCUUUUCUUUUCUUUUUAAACAACUAAUUUGACAGCUCCUGUAGUACAGUGACACAACGAUGAAUGAAAAUGUGUGUGACAGAGCAAUGAAUGAAAAGUGUGGGAAGCUAUUUAAAGACAAUUAAACUGUAUACUGGGCGAAGUGAGAUAAUUAAUGUGACUUUUAUGUGACUAGCAGCUUCAGAUGUACUGCCUAUGAGGUCUGAAUAGUUUUGCAUAAUUUUUUUUUUAAGAUUCCUUAAAGUAAAAUGUUAUUUCCCUUCAUGGUAAUAUAGAGUUAGUUUAAAUCAUAUUCAUGAAGGUGUUUGUAAAGAAACAACAUAGACACUUUUUUCUGAACCGAACAAGCCUUGACUUUUAUUUUCUUAGCAUAAUGCCAUAGUGAUAUUGAUCACAGGGGUGACUGUAUGUUUUUUAGGUGUUGAAAGUUUGUUUGUCUAUUUACAGUGUUAUGUGUUUAUAUAUAUAUGUCUGUUAUUCAUUAUGAAUGUUCCUCAGAGAUGACUGCUCUGCUGUGUACAUAUAUGAUGGUCAUUGCUUUCAAACACACUAUAAAUACUAUAUAUCCUCCACUUGUGACUGUUGGAAAAAGCAAAGAAGCUAAUGGACCUUUUCUAGCCUUAUUAAACCGCAAUUCACCAGCAUGUUAUUAUUUGUAACAACAUUAAGCCUCAGUGCCUUCAGAUUGUCACAUCUCUAGUCUGCAAUUGCACUAGUUGUUCAAUAAAAAACAGUCUCUUUGUGUCUGAAAGUUUUCUGUGUUUAUUCCAUGAGUGAUUUAUUGCAAGAGAUAAUAAAAUGAAGAAAAAUGUGAUCAUCAGUUGAUCACUAUGAAACAUUAACAAGCAUUGCAAAAUACAAAGCAUCUAUUGAAGAAAAAACAUCAAUUACAAGUGUCAAUCAUGUCCUGGAAUUCAAGUAAUAAUAAUAAUAAUAAUAAUAAUGAUACUAAUAAACGAUAACAGUCCUAUUAAUAGGAAUUUUCUCUUGCAAUCACCAGUACUUGGCUUAAAUUAUUAAAUAAAAUGAAAAAAAAAAACCUCCUGUUUUCUCAGCAACAGAUUUGGUUUCUUCACCGAUUUCUCAGUACAACAUAGAAACAGGUUUGGCAGGUCUC